AUGAGUGCCCCACAUCAACACUCAUCAUCUGGGACUCAUCCCUACUACCCCCACAAUCACCCUCAUGGAUUCUACUACCAGUAUCCAGCGUCGCACCUCUCGCACACACCCUAUCCCCAAUACCUGCACCCACAACACCCACAGCCUGUUCUUCAGCAUCCUCCAGCCACUUCUCAGAUUCAAUUCAUCAAUUCCUUUGCUGGUUCCCCUCCAAACACACGUCCUCCCCUACAGUCUACCUCGCAGAAUAGAUCUCAAGUCACAGAACCUGCAGCAUCAACCUGGAAGUGCAGUGCUCUGGCCCAUCCAGCCACUAGUGCACUGAAGCGGACUCGAUGGGCGAACACUGAGAACACUGCUGUUCCACCAUCAGGAACAGCUUUGACGAUCCCAAGGGCCCUUCCUCAUGCUGAUCCUCAGGACAUUCACGCAUCGGGUCCAUUUGUUCAGCAUCUCAACACGGAGCAAGUACAACAUCCUUCUUUUAUGGCCUUCAACUCUCUCCUUUCCCAUGACAAGAAGGAUACACGAGCAGCCUCGGAAAUUUGGUGGUUCAUGAAGCCUGCAGCAUCCCAAGACAAGAAAGGUGCUCACAGUAGCCCACCAAAAUCAGAGCUCUACCUUCAAUGA